CAGCUCCCGGCAGGCCCCGCGCGAGGACGAGGCGCUGACGUGGCCGGAAGUGGAGGCGCUGAGCAGCGCGGAGCCAGGUCGAGAGGCGCAGUCACCCCGGGUCCGUGAACAUGCUGAAGGCCGUGAUCCUCAUCGGGGGGCCGCAGAAAGGGACUCGCUUCCGGCCCUUGUCCUUCGAAGUCCCGAAGCCGCUGUUCCCAGUGGCCGGGGUGCCCAUGAUCCAGCACCACAUCGAGGCCUGCACCAAGGUUCCAAGCAUGAAGGAGAUUCUCCUUGUGGGCUUCUACCAGCCCAACGAAGCCCUGAGCCGCUUCCUGGUGUCUGCACAGCAGGAGUUUAAAAUCCCCAUCAGGUACCUGCAGGAGUACGCGGCGCUGGGCACGGGCGGCGGCAUCUACCACUUCCGGGACCAGAUCCUGUCAGGCUGCCCCGAGGCCUUCUUCGUCCUCAACGCGGACGUGUGCUCGGAGUUCCCCCUGCCGGAGAUGCUGGCCUUCCAGCAGCAGCGUGGAGACCCGCACAGCUUCCUCAUGCUGGGCACCACGGCCAACAGGAAGCAGUCCCUGAACUACGGCUGCAUCGUGGCCAACACGGAGACGUGUGAGGUCCUGCACUACGUGGAGAAACCCAGCACCUUCGUCAGCGAGAUCAUCAACUGCGGCAUCUACCUGUUCACGCCGGCCAUCUUCCAGCACAUCGGCGAGGUCUUCCAGAGGACCCAGCAGGAGCUUCUCCUGGGCACUUGCCUUGGGGAGGAGAGCCCCAACGGCUGGCAGCGCGCCGAGGUCAUCCGGCUGGAGCAGGACGUCUUCACGGCGCUGGCCGGGCGCGGCAAACUCUACGUCUACAAAACCGACGGCUUCUGGAGCCAGAUCAAAUCGGCCGGCUCUGCCAUCUACGCCAGCCGCCUCUACCUGAGCCAGUACAGCCAGUGCCACCCGGAGAGACUGGCCCCAGACGGCCCCGGGGGGCCCACCAUCCGAGGGAAUGUGUAUAUCCACCCGACGGCGUCCAUCGACCACAGCGCCGUGCUGGGCCCCAAUGUCUCCAUCGGGAAGGGGGUGACGGUGGGAGCCGGCGUGCGUGUGCGUGAGUCCAUCAUCCUGCACGGGGCGUCGCUGCAGGAUCACACCUGUGUGCUCAACAGCAUCGUGGGCUGGGACAGCACCAUCGGGCGCUGGGCCCGGGUUGAGGGGACGCCCAGUGACCCGAACCCCAACGACCCCUACGCCAGAAUGGACAGCGAGACCCUCUUCAGGGACGGCAGGCUCACGCCCUCCAUCACCAUCCUGGGCUGUAACGUCACCAUCCCCGCGGAGGUCGUGAUCCUCAACUCCAUCGUCCUGCCCCACAAGGAGCUGAGCCGCAGCUUCAAGAACCAGAUCAUCCUGUGAGGGGCCAGUGGAGCGGCGGGACGGGCCCGGCCGGGAGCUGGGGACCGACUGGGCCUGGCGGGACGGGCCCGGCUGCAGCGCAGGUGACUGACCCCAGCCCGUGCGUGGCUCAGUUCCCCCUGCAGGCCGGGCCCUGGGCCCCUCCAGCCACUCCCUAGACAGACACUAAAUCUGAACGAGGCCCUGCGUCAGCCCCUGCCUGGCUCGGCCCAGCCCAGAAACCACCUCCCUGGGGUGUCACAGCCCAGCCGAGCUGAAGCCAGCCGCCCCCCGUGGGUCCAGGCCAGGCGUCUGGCUGGGUUUGCCCAGCCCCAUGAGCCCCCCGGGCCGGGGGUGUGUGUGCUGGGAGGGGGCUGUCGCAUCUGCACCAUCCUUGACCUGCCCCUGCAGCGUUAAAGUGUGAAGUCUCGGGGGGGGCUGGGAUGGCUGCAGGGGCCAGCAAACAGCAUCUGGCCGCGAGACCUUCCCCGAGCAGGAGGUGAAGGAAUCCGGCCCACGGCGAGUCCCGGUCAGCGUCCGCACACGGAAUCGCAGCAGAAAUGGAACAGGCCCUUGUGGGGUUAAAACACCAGGCUGGCAGGCGCCCCCUGGGCUGGGAACGGGGGGGAACCUGGGUGAGGAGAGCAGGUCAGGCCCUUGGGGGUGGGGAGAGGGGUGCUGCCCCACGGCCCAUAGACCCACAUGGGAAGGCAGCUACCUAACCCCGCCCCGCGCCGUGCAGUGAGAGACAGAGCGAAGCCUGGCACGUGGGGCCCACAGGGCAGCCAGAGACCCUGUGUGACGCAGUAGGGAGCGGGGGGAUGGGAGAGCAGGGGUGACUUCACUUGGGGGAUGAUACCUGAGCCUGUAACUCAGGGGUCGGCACCCUAUGGCCCGGGGGCCGAAGGCGGCACG